AUGCUGAUAUAUGACAUUAUCUAUCAUAUUAGCGGGCUGAAGUUAAAGCCGAUCGGCUGGAGAAGGAAGGCCGCCGCGGCCGAAGAAGCGGAAGUUGCGCGCAAGCGCACCAAGGCCCAGGAGCUCCUCAAAGCCAUCAAGAAGAAGGAGAAGAAGGACAAGGAGGACAAGGAGGGCAAGGAGCAAUGUGAUCUCUGGUUUGGGAUCCGGGAUCUCCAACAUACUACGGGGUACACGACGUCCCAGAUAUCGUGGAUUGGAGUCAAAGCUGGGAUGGGACCUUGA